UUGAAUGUGGAUGGAACGUUGUCGCUUCGAACGUGUUUACGUACGCGCGUAAUCUACGGGUAUUCACGCGAAGUGUUAAUAGCGCUGGUUGUUGUUGUUGGUUUUACUGCUUCGUUUUGUUUUUUUUUUGCUGCCCAUGAUCAGGGCGACCACGACGCGACGCCAGGGAGCGGCCAAGGUGCCGCGUUUCUUGAGGUGGCGUUCAGGGUGCUAAACGAGGCAUGAACUAAAACAUCCGAGAACAAAUUAAGCUGUUUUCAGCGAUAUGCACGGUCUAAAGGCCCCUCGCGAGUUUGGUGCUUUCAGGUGAUUGUUUCUGGUGCUGGUGGAUUAGGUGUAAACAAAAUGCAGAGCAUGGUACUCUAAACGCGAGUGAGUCUUCCGUUCGAAAAUGACGUCUUUCGCGAAUCGUGAACAAUAGGCGAAAGCAACCGAAACGAUUCCAUUUCCGGUAGUGUAUAAUGAUGCCAUUAGCGCCAACUUCCAUUAUGGCAUUGCCUACGCAAAAACCUCGUAUAGGAUUCAGUAUCGAGUCCAUUGUUGGCAAUCGGUUAACGAAAACACCGCCGCGAUUUUCGCCCAAUAGUGAGAGCAUCGAUCGUCCCUUGAGUCCCCUAAGUGAUAAUAGCUACCCGAGUGAGUUCCCGAGUCAUCUGAAAUUUCCUUCAACCCAGGUCGAAUUGCAACGAGCCCUCCGAUUACCGGCCGAUUGCACUCCUAAUGAUCUGAGCACUAGGAUACAUCGACUGCAAAAUAGUUCCUCGCCUACGGUGGACUUCAAUCGGAACCAUCGCCGUCUAGAAUCUCCACAUAGUUAUGAUCUAACGCGACUAGAAAAUUCUAAAAGUCCAACACCUCAAACUAGGCUAUCACCGGCAGAUCACUCUUCUCGAACUCCUUCUCCACAAUCCCCCUCAAUCAACGGACCUCCUCCGCCAAGUAAAGGUCCCAUCAUAGUUCCUGGAAUUCCGGCCGGUUUAGUUAGGCCCUUCCCAGUUGGUCCACAUCCUCCCCCGAAUCCCGGUGAGCUCAAACCGAUGCCGCCCUUCAUGAACCCAACGGACAUUGUCCACAGUCAGCAUCUGUUGGCGGCACAAUUUCAAGCAGCCGCCGCCCUUGCCCACGCUCAAUCCGGCGGUGGCCAAGGAUUCCCACAUCCGGCGGCAGUGCAUCUGCAUCAUCAUCCGAAUCCGGGCAUCCCGAGGGACAGCUACCCGCUGUAUCCGUGGCUACUGAGCCGACAUGGCCGUGGAGUGUUCCCGCCACGGUUUCCUGGAACCUAUCUGUUCCCGUUCCGGAAACCGAAACGAGUGAGGACGGCCUUCUCGCCGACCCAACUGCUUAAACUGGAGCAUGCCUUCGAGAACAACCACUACGUGGUGGGAGCGGAACGGAAAUCUCUGGCCCAAACGUUGGGACUCACCGAAACCCAGGUCAAGGUAUGGUUCCAGAAUCGGCGAACCAAACACAAGCGGAUGCAGCAGGAAGAGGACGCCAAACCGGGAAGUGGUGACGGCGGCGGCGAAGGAGGAGCUUCCGGUCGAAAUCGUUCGGCGAGUCCUGGAGCCGGUGGCUACGAGGAAGACGACGACGACGAAGAUGACGAACUGAUCGACAUGGAAAUGGACGAUUGUCCGAGCGAUGACGAGCAUGGGGAAGUUGGCUCCCCGGGCCUAGCUCAGCUGUCAACUUUUAUGGGCCAUCAUCAGCAGUAUUCGCAGUAUUUGCAGCAUCAGCAACAGCAGCAACAACAACAGCAGCAGCAUCACCAUCACCAUCAUGCAUGAAAUUUAGCCCAGGAACGAUUGCUGCGGAUGAUCGUUCUUGAAUGAUGUUGAUUUGGGUUUCGUGAAGGAGGGCGAUUCUGUAGAAGUGAGGUUUACAUAAGAGUAUCGAAAUCUUCCGCGCCGGUUGAAGUUCCUCAAUGUGAAUACCACGAAGACGUUUGAUAGAUGUCAAUGUGCCAAGUUAGAAACCGUGAGCGCCUAAAGGUAUGUUUGUAUGUUACGCGCAACUAGGAUAAUACCAUAAGGAUGCCAAACAAUCUGUGAAUUUGUUCGUUCGUAGCUAAACCAAGUGGAUUGUUCACUUGGCGGAAACCAUUAAGCCAGUGUUUGAGCUUUGCAUAAAGAUGAAAAUCAUACAUUUUAAUAUUUAUUAUUUAUUAGAAACUGAAUUUAAGGCUUCAAUUUGAACGAGUUGUGUACAGUUAUGUAAAAACUAAAGCGAGUAGGAACUUUAUCGUUCAGUGAAGAAUUGAAACAUUCGAAAGAUGUUCCUAGUGAUUACCUAAUUAUCAGUUCAUUAGACUUUCUUUACGGAAGACUCUUUUCGAAAUAUUUGUGCAUGUGGAGAAAAAUCUUUCCUAUGAAGUAUUAAAUA